AAAAUAUAUACCAGAACAACCAAAUGGCGAAAUGAAUUGUGACAUCACAGACGACGAAAAUACCACAAUAUAUUUCAUGAAACACCCUUGGCGGCUGCAGACUUCGAUCCAGUCCAACUUUAACCACCCAAUUUUAGACGAAAGAUGGGAAGCUAUGAACGUGAUCAAAACGGAAUACGUGGAAUUAAGUUCUGAUAAAUUACUAUACCAACACUUUCAAAACAUAGUUCUAAAGAAAGAGAGUUUCGAUAUUCCCCUUUCCAUCAGAAUCGAAAAAGAAGGUCACAUAUUUCUUUGCGAUGGCGAAUAUCCACCGAACUCCCGUUGCUACUGGUUCAUGCUGCAAGCGUUCAGUGGAAUGGGCAGUGCAAUACGAAAAUGCGAAAAAGGAUACAUCCCUUCAGAAGAUGGAAAAUUGCCUCAAGCACCUUGCAACGAACAAAGAGUAUACAAAAACCAUAACAUUGUCCCUACUUAUCUCUCUAACAAAAUGUGGUCACAUUUUGUUAUGUCCAAACAUAAAAAUGUAUUGAGAUUUAGUCAGUUUAGUCAUCAAAAAGAAAAACUAAUAAUGGAAUGGGAAGAUUACGAUAUUCCCAUAGACGUUACGCAUAUUAUAGUCCAUAGCAAAAGAAACAAUGGUCUAUGGAAGAUUCAUAACCUUGAUUUUCUUUAUGCGGAUGCUGCAAGUAGCGAUGUUAAUUUAGGGCCUCCUAUUUCUAGUGCAGAUACAUUUGUAUGCAUUUCGAUGUACGUCACGAUGUGUCCUUCUUGUAAAUUGGUACUGUCUUUAGAGGACGGGCAACAUGUUUUAAAAACGGAAGAAUUCGAACUCAAACACGCAGGUUGGGACCAAAUUAAAAUUAUGACUGAAAACGCCAACACUUCAAACGCAAUAAAAUUAUUAGUAACUACUAAAAGUUCAGAUCCAAAACCUUAUUGGGCGAUCGAUAAAGUCAGAUUUUGUCAAAAAAAAGAAUUUCGAAUGCUGCGAUUAUUAUCGAAGUGGGUAUCGUGUCAAUUGAUAUCUGAUUCUGAACAAGUUACUGAUAUUGAGGGCCAAGCUCAACCCAACCUUAAGAGCAAGUGUUCAGAAGAUACGAUUGGGGAAUUUUGUGUACCAUGUCACUGGAUGAGUUACUUCCAUAAAAUCUUCAAAGUUUGCAAAGAGCGGAAGUGCGUUUGUUCCGCUGGUUACUAUGGUUCAGAGUGUCGUAAUAGUUGUCCAAGCAAGACAUACGGUCAUGGGUGUCAAAAACAAUGUACAAAAUGCUAUGGUUACUGUAACAGUGUGACCGGAACGUGUUCAGAUAGAUGUCUUGAAAACUACUAUGGUGAAAAAUGCGAUAUACCACCAGCAAUGUUUGCGAAUUCUCCAGAAAUAACUGAAAUCUCGUACACAGAAGCUACCGUCAGAGUCUCAAACUUCCAACUUAAAAAUUCUGUAUUUUACCAUAUAGCACAAUAUUACACAGUGCAAUACAAAACGGCCGACGCUUUGGAUAUCAACUGGAGAAAAGUGAGUGAUCAGUACCACGAAUUCAACACCACUGGAAUUUUUAAAAUUCUUAAUUUGACAUCAGGAACACAGUAUCUUGUUCGAAGUGUUAUCAUAGGACCAAACGGAGUGUGGAAUAUGUAUGAUCAUUUAAAAGUUAAUAACUUUACAACAAGAUGCAACGAAAUUGCCGAAGAUGAUAUCAAUAUUGAAACAUCCAAGACUACUGCAAGAAUAUAUUUAUCGGAGGGUACUACACUUACUUGUAAAUCGCAUUUCAUAACGUUAGAUGAAAAAGGUGCUGAUUUUUCAAACAGGAGCGGUACUUUUUUCACUAAUCUGCUACCAUAUAAAAGUUACAUGGUUAGAGUUAGAGGUAUACAAAAAACAUACGAAAAAAAAUUUACAACCGACGAAGAAGCACCCACUGUUGUUUUGAGUCUUACGGGCACCGCUGCGUCCGCUACGACUAUAGUUUUAAAAUGGGCCGAACCGUUGUCCAUAAAUGGUGUUUUUAAACACUAUGUUGUAGAAUACCAACAUGUGUUUUACCGAGGUUGUCAUUUUUCUUCUGUUGAAUCGUCAACGAUAUCUCGUCGAGAAACAGAAAAUACUUCCGUAACAAUCACCGAAUUGAUUCCUUAUUCAACGUACGAAUUUACUGUGUUUGCCUUAAACACAAAAUUCACUGGACCACCUGUUUCUCAAAGAACAACAACACCUUAUUGUCAGACAAUCCAACCAGAAGAAACACCCAACAUCGUCGGCAUAAACACUACACAUGAGAGUGCAAGCAUCAUACUGUCUGAAAUAAAAUGUGAAAACAUUCGAGGCCCACUUACAGUGGAAAUAAAGACUACAUGUAUCAGCGAAUGGUGUCAAAAUAAAAAUACACAACGUAAAAUCGACAAUAAAACGCUCCCCAAGACUGGCAUCAUUGAAGUUAUGAAUCUACAAUCCUUUUCAGAAUAUGAUCUACAAGUUCAGCUAUGUCGCGUAAAUGGAAGUUGUAGUGCACCACAAAAGAAAAAAUUCGAAACAAAGACAACAGUAUCAAAGUCCGUCUCGAAUUUACUUGUCUACACCAAAAAAUGCAUCGUCCAUUUCGUUAAGGUGGAAACCGCCUUAUCCACGUACUGGUGUUUUAAAGAACUACAAAAUUAAUUAUUUUAGUUAUCGUAAUUAGACGAUGCAAGCUGUGGCAUGAACUUCAUUGUGCAACAUUAACCGACUUGCCAUCUAAUGCAUAUCUGAGCCCUGCAACUU